GGACACAGAUGACUGGGGUGCGUCGAAAACCUUGCUCCGGAUAAUGUUAGGACAUUGUAUCUUUCUUUACCAACGUUAUCACGAGAAUGAUAGAAUGAUAUCAGAUUACACUUCAUUGGUUCUGAACGUACUGCUGCUCAUGAUACAAACAGACGAGGUAUUGCCACUAGCAGUUCUGCGCAUUUGGACGAUGACGUCAUUGGAUCUGCGCGAACCGGACCAAAGUACAUUCGCUAGUGGCUAUACCUCGUCAGAGAACAUAUAAUAAUAAAUAAUAAUAAUAUAACAAAAUAAUAUAAUAAUAUAAUAUAUAUAACAUAUAAUAUAUAUAUUUAUAUAUAUGAUCUCUGACUUCGUCUAUUUGUAUCAUGGUGUGACCAGAGAUUUCGAAACGUCCAACCGUUUGCCUCCAAUAUUUUCGGUUCAGAACGUCUUUGGGUUUCCUUGUUUUCGUUAGAUUCUUUUAACGUAUUCUGUGUGUUGCGAAAAAUUUGUGCUCAAAAUGAAAAUGCGUUGUGACGCGGCACGUUUGGGUCAGAAGAUUGGAGAAGAAGUUAUUUUGCUUGGCAAAAUAACUCAUUUGAGUUCCAGUGGAAAGGAAGCUGUAAUAGAAACUACAGAUCAUGCAAAGAUUCAUGUAGCCUUUUUGGAACCCAUAGAUGGUCAUCCUGUAGGUUAUGUAGAAGUUCAUGGCAAAGUUGAAAGUAAAAGCAAAAUUCUCUGUGAAAAUUUAGUAGAGUUCUCAGAUGAUGCAGCUGCAGAUUUCGAUGAAGAACCUUACAAUGAGAUGGUAGUGACAAUGAACUUACUAGGAAAUGACAAGUGGGAACCCCCUGGUGAUGGUCUCUUCUUCAUAUAAGUAACAGUGUGGUGUGAGCAUCACUGGUUAUAUGAUUUGCAACAGGCUUCCUGCUUUAAAUGAUGCGUCUAAUGAUGAACAGCGGCAUCUACAAGUUGUUACUGGACAUUCUGAAUGGUGACUGUAAUAAUAAAUGUUUUUGUAUUAAAUAA